CUCAGAUGGGUCGUCGCGUUGAGCCCCUAUGACCAAGUACUUAAAGGCGUCACUGGCAACCACUUCUCACUCAGCAUUUACUCGUAGCCUCGGUAUCGUGUCUGGCACCAUGCUUCAGCUUUCUCAGAACUCCAUAGGGCUUGCUGGCGCUGCAUCUGCCGCCGCCAUUGCUUGGUUAUCACUCAAGCUUUGGGCAAUUGGCCGUCAGCACUUGCAUACGACGCGUCUUUCUGGUCCUCCCAGGAAAACUUUUCUCUUUGGAGUCGAGGAUAAAAUAGACCUCGAAAACUUGAACAAGAACGAGCAAACAGUGGAUUGGAUAUCCCAAUACGGGGGAAUCUUCAAGCUGCCGGUCUCUUUGGGAAUGACCUUCCUCGUUCUCUCUGAUCCAGUUGGGAUCGCCCAUUUCUUCGCAGAGGAUGCGUACACGUAUCAGUUGCCGCAGCUGUCACAGAUUUCCGUUGACGCCCUUUUGAACGCGGGUAAUUUAUUGUCUGCUCAAGGAGACGAACAUAAAAGGCAAAGAAGGACUUUAGCUCCCGCAUUUACCAAUACGGCAAUAAGGCGGCUAGUCCCAGCAUUCUUCAGCUCUGCAAACAAGGCCAAAGCUGAAUGGGAAAAGUUGUGUGAGGCUAACCCAGAUGGAGCUAUCGAAGUACAGCAUUGGAUGAAUUGCAUUUCUCUCGAUAGUAUUGGUGUGGCAGGCUUCUCGUACGACUUCGGGACUGUGGAAGGCAAAGAUUGUGCAGUGGCUGAUGCACUGAAGGCCGCUUCUUCCUCGCAGUUGACAAUGACGCAAAUAGCGUUCAUCUUAGCAUCCUUCGUGUUUCCAUGGCUAGCAAAGCUUCCCAACCCUGGCACAGCUUCAAAUCGCCAGCUCGGCGAAAGCCUUGGUGCGAUAGCAAAGACCCUGCUUGAGGAAGGGCGCGCAGGAAAACAAGACUCGAAAUCUAACUCCCUCGUUGAAUUAUUGAUUAGAUCUGAAGACGCAGAUUCGAAGAAUCAAUUCAGUGAGGAGGAAAUCAUUGCUCAGAUGAAGCUAAUGGUUGUCGCCGGCUACGAAACCACGUCCAUCGCCUUAACCUGGGCACUAAUCGAGCUGUCCCGAAAUCAGGACAUACAAUCCAAACUGCGUGCAGAGCUUGCUGAAUUUCAAGACGCUGAUCUCACUUGGGAAGACCUGACUACUCGUCUCCCAUACCUUGAUGCUGUCGUGCACGAGACGCUCCGCGUUCAUCCUUCCCUGACGGAUGUCAUUCGCGUCGCAACUCGGGACGAUGUCAUACCUUUGAGCAAGCCUGUCAAGACUGCCUCUGGACAGCUGCAGGACAGAAUAUCGAUCGCCAAAGGGACGUCCAUCCUGGUUCCUGUUAAGGCCACGAAUACAUCUCACGAACUUUGGGGUCCGGACGCAACUGAAUUUAAGCCAGAACGCUGGCUCUCCGAUGAUCCUGCCCACCUACCGAAGGAUGUUUCCGGAUAUCGCCACCUAGUCACGUUCAUCGAGGGCCCAAAAACUUGUAUCGGAAAAGCCUUUGCCGUGGCUGAAAUGAAGGUCGUGCUAUGUGUAUUGGUCAGAAGCUUUGUGUUUGAUUUGUGCGACGGUCGAGAGAUUAAGUUGACGCUCACCAAUGGCCUCCUUCCUCGUCCGAAGGUCGUUGGGGAAGAAGGAUCCCGCGUGCCUCUCCGGGUUAGGAGAGCUGAACUGAACUGAAGAUAGUCGAUUCAAAGUAACGCCAGACCACUCCACUCACCCUGUUUUCUAAGAACUUGUAUAUUAACCGCCCCUACUCGCUCAGUAUAUUUUAACAGAACAAUCCGCUACUAGUGCUCCACUCAUUUUGACGCUUACAAUAUACCCCACAUCUCAGCACCAUCGAAUAUAAUACUGAACAUUUAUUACGACAGUACCUCGAAACUGCGGAUGUACAGCUAAAUAUACUAUUCCUCGAACAAUCAGUGUACUUCUCGG